AUGACAGCUGAGACACAAAGUGCUUUGACAACAACAGAGAAAACAACCCAGUGCUCCACCACUGGAUCCACUGCCACAAGUACGACAGGGACUACACCGAGAUCAACGGGGUCCACAACACCCCCACCCAUUAUAUGUGGGGCCAAAGCUCCAUCGACUUUACCACCAACGACAGAAUCACCCACUACAGAAUCACCUACUACAAAUUCACCUACUACAGAAUCACCCUCUACAGAAACACCAACUACAGAAUCACCCACUACAGAAUCACCCACUACAGAAUCACCCACUACAGAAUCACCCACUACAGAAUCACCCACUACAGAAUUACCCACUACAGAAUCACACACUACAGAAUCACCCACUACAGAAUUACCCACUACAGAAUCACUCACUACAGAAUCACCAACUACAGAAUUGCCCACUACAGAAUCACCCAUUAAAGAAUCGCCUACUACAGAAUCACCAACUACAGAAUCACCCACUAGGGAAUCACCAACUACAGAAUCACCCACUACAGAAUCACCUACUUCAGAAUCACCAAAUACAGAAUCACCCACUACAGAAUCACUCACUACAGAAUCACCAACAACAGAAUCGUCAACUACAGAAUCUCCAACAACAGAAUCACCAACUACAGAAUCACUUAUUACAGAAUUACCAACCACAGAAUUCUUAACAACUGAAUCUGUAACUUCUGAAUCGCCAUAUACAGAAUCCGUUACUACAGAAACAGCAGAAGAGAAUCAUACAGACUCCACAACGCCACUCUCGCCCCUGACUAGACAGGACAGUGGAAAUGAAGGUAU